UAUGAAUGUUACUAACAUUAUAGUUGAAGGACUAGUACUAUAUAAAGACAUGGUUUGCAUGCACGGACUACUGCAAUUGUAUGUAAAGAAAUAAUUGAAAAAAUGGCAACUUUAAUUCCUUUUUUAACUCUCAUUAUUUUGUUUGAAAUUGUGUUGGUUAUCAAAGGAGAGCCUCUAGUUCCAGCAUUAUUUGCAUUUGGAGACUCAAUUAUUGAUGUUGGCAAUAACAACUAUUUACAAACGCUGGUUAAAGCAAACUUCUUCCCUUAUGGAAGAGACUUUGUGAAUCACUCUCCAACCGGAAGAUUUUCUAAUGGAAAGGUUGCCGCAGAUUAUGCAUCUGAGGUUUUUAGAUUUAACUCAUAUCAACCGACUUACCUAAACCUAGUUAAGGAAAGAAACAAUCUUUUGAUCGGUGCCAACUUUGCCUCAGCUGCUACUGGUUACCAUCCUUCCACACCUAUAAAAUAUAAUGUACUUUCAUUAGGCCAACAACUAGAAUACUACAAGGAAUACCAGAAAGAAUUGGUGAAAACAAUUGGACAAUCAAAAGCACUAUCAGUAAUAUAUGGUUCAAUAUAUUUUGUUGUUGCCGGGAAUAGUGAUUUUGUACUAAAUUAUUACGUAGAUCCAUUUCUCCAAACAAUUUACACACCUUAUCAAUUCUCAGACAUUCUUUUGCAAUACUACUUUAAUUUCAUCCAGGAUUUAUAUGCACUAGGAGCAAGGAAGAUUGGUGUGUCAACAUUACCUCCUAUAGGUUGUAUGCCUAUAGUCAUCACUUUCUAUGGUUUUCCCUACAACACAUGUGUAGAAAAAAUAAACGAUGUUGCUAUUGACUUCAAUAAAAAACUCAAUCUCACUUCAACGAAAUUGCUAAAAAAGUUUCCAGACCUUAAACUGAUCAUCCUUGAUAUCUACCAACCUCUCUAUAAACUUAGCACCAAACCUUCUGAUUAUGGAUUUUUGGAAUCUAGGAAGGCUUGUUGUGGGACAGGAUUAGUAGAAGUUACUUUUGCAUGCAAUUCAAUAUCUAUAGGAACAUGUGCUAAUGCAUCGGAAUAUGUAUUUUGGGAUAGUUUUCAUCCCACACAAGCUACACACAAGUAUUUGAUUGAUCAUUUGACUCCUGAUUUAAUCUCUUUUAUACAAACUUAAUCAAUUCCUCAUCGGCUUCUUAGAGUGUCUUUAAUAUGUAUCACUUUAACAAAAUAAAGCUGUCUUAAAUAUUAGUUAUUACUCUACUACUUCAUAAAAAAUAAUGCCAUGUAUCGUGUUACUAUUUUAAUGCAAUAUU